AUGAACGACUCGGCCGAUGGAGUGCAGUCGCUCGCCGGGGAUUUCUUCUCACUGUUUGCUCAAAUGGCAGAGUGCCGCAGCGCUCAUUCCCCCGCCGCCACUUCCGCCGCCUCCACAGCCGCGGCGUUUCCCGCCGCUCGCAUCUACGCGGCGGUGCUGCCCUUCACUUCGGCCUCGUUUCUCGCGCUGUCUGCCUUCACGCCGUGGCUCGAGGUCGACGUCAAGAAAUCGUACCCGGAGGCGUCGCCGGACGACGUCGCAAAGAUGGUUGCGUCGCGCUCGGCGCUCUUCUCCUUCAGCCAUGGCGUGUGCUCCGUCUGCAUCGCUGGCUGGGCCGGGAUGCUCUCCGACCGGUUUGGCCGGCGGAUCUGUGCCUCUCUGCCGGCAGUGGGUCAGGCGGUCGGCUACUCGCUCCUCGCUCUCGUCGUGUGGUACGACCUCGGCGUCUACUACGCGCUGGCCGCGUGGACGCUGACCGGCGCCUUGGGCGGCACCUUCGUCUUCCUCGCCGCCGCCUUUGCCUACAUCGCCGACUUCACGCGCAGCGGCGGGCGCGGGCGCGCCUUCUCGCGGCUCGACUCGAUCAUGCUGUACGUGGCGUGCAUCGGCCCGCUCUUCUCCGGGCCGCUCGUCGCGGCGGUGGGCUACGCCGGCGUCUGGGCCCUCGCCGCUGGCAUGUACGCGGUGGCCGCGCUGCUCUUUGCCACUGCGCCUCCUUCGCCGCAGCCGGCGGCGCCGCGUGCGAGUCUGGGCGGCUGGGUGCACUCGUUCACCCCGCUGCUGCUGCUGCGGCUGGUGAGCGAGCGGCGCGGCCAGCUCCUCGGCCUCGUCCUCGCCUUCCUCCUCGCGACCGGAGGAGUGCAGGCGGGCGUGCAGGGCUUCGUGCUCUACGCGCAGCGGUACCUCGGCUGGGGGCAGGACAUGCUCGGCCUCUUCUCGGCGCUCUUCUCGGCGCUCGGGGCGACGCUCAUCCUCUUCGUCCACCCGAUCGCGUGCCGGCUGCUCGGGUCCGCCCCCUCCGACCUCAGCAUGGCCGCCGCCCUCGGCGGCCUCCCUCUCCUCGCUGCCGGCGCUUGCGCGCUGCCGCACUUUCGCGCCCUCUUCUCCGACUCGCGGCCCGCUCAGGCGCAGGGCGAGCAGAUGGCGGUGGUCGCGGCGCUCGAGUCGUUGCCGAUGCUCUACGCCACGCCGCUCGUCGCGCUCGCCUUCGAGCGGCUGCUCGACGCGCCGCGCCUCAUCUUCCUCCUUCCCCUCGGCACGGUCGGAGCUGCGAUCCUCCUGCUGCUCGCCGCGGUGCGGCCGGCGGCGCUGCUGCUCGACGAGCCGCCGCGGCAGCGGUGGCCCUCCCAGGCGGUCCUCGUCCGCGCGCCCGACCUCGCGCGCCGCCUCACGGACAGUGUCGUCUGCAACGCGGCCGAGCCGGAGGGCGGCUCUGCGUACGGCUCGCCGGACGGGCGGCUCAAGCCACGCGCGGCACGCGAGGCGGCUGCCUCGCGAGAGGCGGAGGCGGCGGAGCAGGAAGACUGCCUCGGCGCCUGA